AUGACUUUGUAGGUGGUAACGGCAUAGCCGGGCGUGAAGUCAAGUUGGGCACGAUGAACAGUUCGGAACUAGGCAGUCGAAGCCACGAUCAUUUACGACAAAGCGAGUUCAAAGUCGUGGAAGAGGACAAGGGCACGGUAACCCCUGUAGUUGUACUUGUAAACGAUGAGCACGAUUAA